AUGCCCAUUUUAAGCGAGGUAUGCGACUUGAUUGUGAAGCAUGCCGGUGGCGUGACAUUCGAACCUUACGUUACAUACCUGCGGAAUCAAGCUUACCAAAUGGCGACUUUAAGAAAACUAUGUCAGCGUGAAAGCUUCCGAGACGCCUUGGAUGCACUGCACUCAAACCCAAUCAGUGGAAAGCAUUCCAUUAAUUCCUUCCUAGCGCUGCCAAUGCAACGGCUUACAAGACUCAAGCUUCUGGUGGAAGUAAUCCGAAGACUUCAGGACACAAUAGUUGAGGACGCAGCCAAGGCAGAUUUUGCCAAACGACCGUUAAAAGUGCCCACAGACCGCCAGCGAGAAAAUGUUCAGUUAGCACUCGGCGAACUCUGUCGUGUAAGUAUUGGACAUGUUAAUUAA